UCCAAACACUGAAGAUUUCCUUCCAGGUUAGGAUUGGAUGCUGGUGUCUUAUAUCAACAAGCACUGUAAAAAUGCGGUACAUUUAAAAAUGUUAUUGUCAACAUAAAACAAAGAUGAAAUACAGAUGAAAAGACAAAGCAUGCCGCGAAGAAAACAAGUUCAACCAAAGAGAUUACAAUCCUCUGAUGAUGAUCAGGGAUCAGAUGGUGACAAUGAGGAUGAAACAUCAGAUGAUGAAAGAAAGUUAAAGACUUUACCUCUCAAUGAAAAAUCAAACUCAACUGAAGUAGACUCAAAAAAAUAUUCAAACACAGUCCCAGAACCGCUGGAAAGUGGUACCUCAUCAAAUAAUAAUCAGGAGGAUUCAUUAGAGAAAUCAGAGCAGACAACAUCUGAAAAAUCUAGUGAUAGUUCUGAAUGUGACAAAAUGACUCUGAAAAAGGAAGAUAAUUCUAAAAAGGAACCUGAAAAACGUCCUGAAACACCACCAUUGAAAAGACUGAUGAGGCAAGAUCCAUUGCCCUUAUUUAUGAGUGACAAAGGCCCAUCACCUCCAAAGAAAAUUUACCGAGAUGAACUUUAUUACAAAAAAUUUGCCAUCCCAUAUUUUGCAACACCAUCCAUGGUCAAACAUGCACCCACUCACCCUAGACAAGCAAUUCUGAAAUCCAAACACUACUCCAACAAAUUUCCAAAGCAUUUCAAUCCAUCCAAUCCAUAUUCAUUCCCAAAAGUCCAUUCAGAGGAUCAACCUUUAGACUUGUCUACAAAAGGAUCAUCCAAAUCCAGUUCAUUUGUGGACACAAGGAAAUCAGCAGGAAAGUACACAAAUGGAUUCCUCUCAAAUAGUUCUAGUCUUCAGAGUCUGCAAAGACGAUUUGGUGGCAUGGCAGGAUUCCGCACCAGUCGCCGACCAAUGAGUGGAAUUCUCACAGGAUUACCCUCCACUAUUUCCCAGAAAUCUCAUUCAAAUUCUCAGAAAAAAAUCUAUAAUGAUCUCACAUUAAGUCAAAGUCAUAAGAGUGAAAAUAAGACUUCAGAUUCAAAAGAUCCAGUUUUAAGGGAAAAACUGAAAAAUGAAGUUGACUCAAAAGCUGCUAGUGAAAAAGACCAGAAUUCAAACAUAACCAAAACAGGAAAGGAGAGUUCAGAGAGUAUUGACAAAGAAGAAGACAACAAGUAUACAAUUCACAAGUGUUCUUGUCAGAAAACCUAUAGUACCCUAUAUGGACUUAGCCUUCAUUUACAGGAAUCUGGACAUCUACCAGCGGGGACAAAACAGACCAACCUAAUGGAGUAUCCAAAACUAGUGAGAGGGCAAGACAUGUGGCUUAACCAGGAAUCUGAACAGACCAAAAAAAUUCUUAGAUGCAUUCAGUGUGGUGAGUCCUUCAAAUCUCUACCCAUGUUAACUGUUCACAUGAUGCAGACACAACAUUACACAAAAAUCGUUACAUCUGAACAUGGGAGGCGGUCACACAAGUGUUCUGUUUAUUGUGACCGGGAUCUGGACAGGGAGUGUAUUUUCAAGUGUAAGGUGUGUAAUAGUGCUUACAGUGACAUGGAGGGCUUGGCCAACCACAUGGUUCUCUCUGGUCACCACAAAAAGAAAAUGCACCAAAUGUCGCCUUUUUCUGAUUUCAAAUUAAAACUGCCACAAAAACGGUACAUCCGGGAGGAGCAGAUUGACAGGUCCAUGUCACCUGUAGGAAGCACUCAUGAAGAAUCUAAGGCUAAAAUUUCCCGCCAAAGUUCUCCACUGAGUGAUCAAUCCAGAAGUCCCAGCUCAAAUGGGGCUUCUGAAGAUAGCAGAAUCACCUGUGAAAACUGUAGUGAGAAAAUUGAGACUGGAAAAUUUGUUGAUCAUGUUCGAGUUUGCUUAUUAUUGUCCAAAUAUGACUCAAAUUAUAAAAUUUCAAUCAAAAAAGAAACUGUCAAGAGAGAAUUAGAGGACUCAGAGAAAAACAUGGUAUCAGGCUUGCAAAAAGAUAAAGAUUUUGAGACUGCAAAAGAUGGAAAUAUUGAAGUAAAAGUGAAAAAAGAAGUGGAAGAAAGUGAUGAAUCUCCAAAAAUGGACACAGAUUUGAAGAAAGUUGAUACUUCAGAAUUUUCUGCUGCAAAAAUUGAUGAUGGAUGUGGAGAUUGCAAAAAGUUGGACAUAAUAGACCCCAACCUUGGGACAGAUGAGGACAUUAAAGAAGAGAGCUCUGCUCUAUCUGCCAUGGAGAGUUUCAUUCAGAGAAGCUUCAAAUCAGAGUUCAAUUACAGAAGAGGUUCUGUGAAAAUGGGAUCUGCAAACAAAGAGCAGGUAGGCCAAAUAUCACAAAAGCCCCUUGAGCGAUCUAGUCCAUCUAUAAGACUUGAAAAAUAUCAAAAAUAUUUCCAUUACUUUUAUUCAAGCGAGUCUGAUGAAAAAAGUUCCUUGGAGGAAAAAUCCUCUACUGAUGACAUUGGGAAGCUAGAAAAAAUGUGUAAAGAGGUGCAAGGAUCCAAAAGUCCUAAUGUGGAACAAACAAAAGAGACCCUGAGCACUCCUAAGCCAGAGAUAAAUGGUGAAAUCCUUAGUAGCAAAUAUCUGAAUCUGGAUGAGGAAGAGAAAAAUAAGGACUCAUCUUCAUCCUCAUCCUCAAAAUCUUCAGCUUUAGACUCUCUCAGUAGUUUUGUAUACAGUCAAUCCCUAACCAGUGAACACCCAUUAGACAGUCUGCAGAAACUCUUAACAAACAGUAACAUUCCUAAAAUCAUGCCAUCACAUUCAUUGAAAACCUUUAACCAUGUAGAAGCUUCAAUGUCAACUAGUCCAUUGAAUCUUUCCCUAAAAAGGGAACUGGACGAUGAUGACUUGGACUUUUCUGAUGGUAAAGACAGUUUCUCUGAUCAAGAGAGCAGCCAUAGCAGUGACAGUGAGGCUAACAUGGACUACCGCUGCGCCGCCUGCAGCCGCCAUUUUGCCUCGAAAGGUUCCUACAGGUAUCACCUUAGUCGCUGCCAUCUUUCCUCUGUCAAAAAAUAUGGAAUUAAAGAAGCCUUCAAUAUGAGCCCUUAUAUCUACCUCCCUCUAGAUCACACUGCCAAAUUCUCCAAGUAUUACGAAUUGGCUCAGGAGCUUGCCAAGAAAGGGAAGUAAUCUAGGGGACUAUACCUUUUAAACUUUUGAAAAAA